GAAACCCAAUGAAUUUUUAUAAGAUUUAAAUUCAUUAAAUAAUACAAAAUAAAAAAAUGAGCACUACUUUUUAGAAAUAAAAUCUCAAUAUUCAAAAUAUUAAAUAAACAGUCAAAUAUAUAAUGGAAACAUAAGUUCCUUUGUAUAUUGGAUUUGAGUUAAGAUCAUAGUAAAAACAAAUUAAAUACUUCUCAUCUACAUAUGAGAAAGUCUAAAUAAAAAUUAAUAAUAUAUUUUAGGAAUAUGGACCUAUAAAUGUACAGGAUUCUGUUUUAAGUAAAAUCUACGAAGGGAUAGUAGAUAUUAAAAGAGUAAAAAAUAAGUCAAUUAUGAUUUUUAAAGAUAUAGUUGAUGCUGAAUUUAUAAAGCUAUAUUAUGUUCCUCACUAAAUAGAAGAACUAUCUAUAUUUAAAAGUACUGAUAAAGAUUUAAAUAUAAUAAUCAUACAAUUUAAUGAUUCUUCAUCAUGACUUAAAAACUAAUAUCCACUUUUAAUACAAGUAUAUAUAUAUAUAUAUUUAAAAAUUAUGUGUUUCGCAAAAAAAGUAUUUUAUUUAUUAAUUAAUUACUAACUAUUAAUAAUAAAGGUUUAUUCCAAAUAAAUUCUAAAAAAUCAAAAAAAUUAUUAAGUAAAAAAGAAGAUUAAUUUAUUUUAAUUUUUAUA